CACCACCGUGACAGAAUCGAACACUCGUCGCCGUCCUUCAUCUUCCGCAAAAGCGCUUCUGGCCAGCAAAGCAGUCACCGUGGCGGACUCCAAAGAAACCCACGAUUCUCAGCCCUCACGGCAUCGUUCUUCAAUAAUGGCCGGCUCACAGCGCUAUGUGCGCUACAUUCUCCUAGCCUUCUUAUGCCUCACCAUCGUCUACUUUUUCACAUCCUCCGCCCCAAUCAGAGGCACUCCCUUGACAAACGCAUCAGAUGUUAUCAAAGAGCAAGAGGCCAAUGCUGGAGGUAGCAGCAGUCAAGCGCAUUUAUCUCUCGACAAAGACACAUACACUCAGCCCGGAACUUCACCGAAUACUCCAAAUACAUUACCUUACGAAAGCGCUGAAGGACCUCGCAUGAAUGCUACAUUUGUUACUUUGGCGCGGAACUCUGACAUCUGGGAAAUUGCAAAAUCAAUUCGCCAUGUCGAGGACCGUUUCAAUCGCAGGUACAACUACGAUUGGGUAUUCUUGAACGACCAGGAGUUUGACGACAACUUCAAAAAGAUCACCACAUCCUUGGUAUCCGGGAAGACCAAGUAUGGCACCAUUCCUAAAGAACAUUGGUCGUUCCCAGAGUGGAUUGACCAGAGCAAAGCCGAGAAAGUCCGCGAGGACAUGAAGGCCAAAAAGAUCAUCUACGGCGACUCCGUCAGCUACCGUCACAUGUGUCGUUAUGAGUCUGGUUUCUUCUUCCGUCACCCAUUGAUGCUUGACUAUGAAUGGUACUGGCGCGUUGAGCCAAGUGUUGAAUUGUACUGCGAUAUCCACUAUGACACAUUCAAAUUCAUGGCAGACCACGGUAAGAAGUACAGCUUUGUCAUCAGCUUGUAUGAAUACGUCGAAACCAUCCCCACUUUGUGGGACAGCGUCAAGGGUUUUAUGGCCAAGUUCCCUCAACAUUUGGAGAAGGAUAAUACCAUGGGCUUUGUCAGUGAUGAUGGGGGUAGUACCUACAACCAUUGCCAUUUCUGGUCCAAUUUCGAGAUUGGAAAUCUAAACUGGCUUCGCUCGCAAGCCUACAUUGACUAUUUUAACCACUUGGACAGAGACGGUGGCUUCUUCUACGAACGUUGGGGCGACGCCCCUGUCCACUCGAUCGCCGCAUCUCUGAUGCUAAAGAAGGAGGAGAUUCACUUCUUCAACGAUAUUGCCUACUAUCACGUCCCAUUCACACAUUGUCCUACUGGUGAGGAGACGCGGUUAAAGCUGAAGUGCCAUUGCAAUCCAAAAGACAAUUUCGAUUGGAACGGAUACUCUUGCACAUCGCGUUUCUUUGAUGUCAAUGGAAUGCAAAAACCAGAGGGGUAUGAGAAGGAGCAACACUAGACAAGUCAGAAAGGUUGCACCGCAUUACCAUCGCAUGUACCUCCCUAUAUCCCACUUCUCAUCACAUUGCGCAGCAGGUCGAAGUCUCACUGACUUG